CUACUCGCUUGCCGUCUGACGCCAUUUACUCGCCCGCACCCGUCCAUCUCCUCUUCUCCUUUAAACCCCCGACUCCCGCGCACUCGCCAUCGCAGCUCAGCUCAGCAGAGCAGAACCCCCUGCCGCUGCACUCUCGCCUGAGCCACCUCGCACGGACCGACGCAAUGGCCAAGUGGUGGCUCGUCGCCUCCCUCCUUCUGUGUGUCGCGGUGGCGACAGCGGCGGCCCGGGGCGUGCCUGCCAGCGACGACUGCGACACCGUUGCUGCUGAGGCCGGUCGUGACGGCGCUGGUCUCGACGAAGCCAAGACCGUCUUCGGUGGGAGCAAUGACGGCGGCCUCUUCGGUGGCGGCGUCAACGGCGGCCCGCUCGGCUCGGGGAUCGCCGGGUUCGGCCCGCACGGCGGCUUCGGGGCUGGCGCCGGGCCGUUCGGUGGGUUCGGCGGCGGGUUCGGCGCUGGCGGGGGUGGAGGAGGAGGCGGCGGCGGCGGCGGCCUGCCUUAAGCGGUCGUUGCCAGUACGUGCGCGCUUACGUGACCGUACUACGCGUUUGUGCAUUCUUUAUUACAUGCAUUAGUGGUCUAAUAAAAAGCCUUUUGUGAUUAGCUGUGUCAGAUGUACGGCUCGUAUAUGUGGUGUUGCCAUUGCCCUCGGUUUGUGUGUGUCUAAUUAGUUAAGACGUUAAGUAGUGGUUGAGUGGUGUAUUGGCGUGCAUGAAGUGGAGCCGUGUUGCGGAGUUUGACGUGAGUUCAUCUGCUAAUUCAGCUGCCACAGCUGCCUGUAUUCAAUUGCGAAGCUCCAAAGUUCAAUCUAGUGGCAGAUUUUCAUCGUCUUA